AUAUGAUAUCAGAGUUUCUAUUUUCCCCGUAUAACCAAAUCACACUGCCCGUUCUGUUACCUAUCUUUUCGGCUAUCCUCGAUCGACACCGUACCCACCAUCAAAUGCGCCACCGCGAGACCGGCCGGCACCCGAAAUUUCAUGGCGAACGGCGGCGCGUGGCAAUCUCACACAUGUGACGAAGUUUCGCCAUCGGACGCUCAGGCGGCGCGUGACGGCGCAUGCGGCGGCGGCGGCAGGAGCUUUUUCCGGCGUCUUGCUCGGAAUUUGAUUUUGUCUCUCAUGAUGGAUGUCCAUGUUCCGAUUAAUAUUACUUUUGAUCUGUCACCACCACCAGAUGCUGACACUACUUCGACCUCGGACCCUAUCUUCACCUCGCCGUUCCAUUUGGGUUCUUUCGUGAGGCGUAUGCGGAUCCGUUGUGGCGGCAGACCAUGUCUGAGGAGUUACAGGAUUUGGAGAAAACCCACACUUAAAAUAUGGUUGAUCUUCCUCGAGGCAAGAAAUCUAUCGACUGUAAGUGGAUAUUCCGGAUCAAAACACACUUUUAUGGAUCCAUAGAGUGCUACAAGACUCGUUUGGCAGCUAAAGGCUACACUUAGGAGUACGGUAUCGACUAUGAGGAGACUUUUGCUCCCGUUGCACGUCUCACCUCCGUUCGCUAUCUUAUAGCUAUCGUUGCCGCUCGUUACUGGCCCCUACAUUAGCUCGAUGUGAAGAAUGCAUUCCUGCAUGGUGAUCUAUCUGAGGACAUCUACAUGUCUCCUCCUCUGGUUUUCCCACAUCCUCCAAGGUAUGUAAACUACAUCGUGCUCUAUACGGUUUGAAACAGGCACCCUAAGCUUGGUUUUCGAAUUUAGCUCUGCUCUGCUCCAGCUUGGAUUUACUUCCAGCUAUCAUGAUUCUACUUUAUUCACUCGACGCCGGUCCGUUGGUGUUACUAUACUGUUACUUUAUGUGGAUGACAUGCUUAUCACAAAAGCUGAUCAAUCCGGCAUCUCUGAACUAUAGGAUCAUCUCCACAACCACUUUGAAGUGAAGAGCUUGGGGCCUCUUCGGUACUUUCUCGGUCUUGAGAUCUCGGACACCUCCGACGAGUACUAUCUUUCUCAAGCUAAGUAUGCCUCUGGCCUUCUGUCUAGAGCAGGUCUUACUGACUUUAAGACCGUGCCUACGCCUCUUGAGUUUGACUGUCGCCUUACUCCAAUUGAUGGUGCCCCUCUUGACGAUCCUACCUUAUAUCAGCAGCUGGUGAGAAGCCUGAUAUAUCUGACUGUUACUUGACAUGACAUUGCCUAUGUUGUUCAUAUCGUCAGUAAGUUCAUGUCCACUCCUCGAACGACUCAUUACCCUGUUGUUCUGCGGAUUCUUCAAUAUGUCAAAGACACUCUUCUCCAUGGUCUCCAUUAUUCAGCUCGCUCGUCCUUGGUUUUAACUGGGUACUCUGAUGCUGAUUGUGCGGGAGAUCCCACCGAUCGUAGCUCAACUAUUGACUUUUGUUUCUUUCUCGGUGAUUCGCUUAUUUCUUGGCACAACAAGAAACAGACGGUCGUCUCCCGGUCCAGUGCGGAAUCCGAUUAUCGAGCUCUUGCCGAUACUACUGCCGAGCUUCUAUGGCUUCGAUGGCUACUGGCUGAUCUCGGUGUGUCUCAGCCCUCUGCUACCACUAUUCAUUGUGACAGUCAGAGUGCCAUGAAGAUUUCGAUGAAUGAUGUUUUUCACGAGCGUACGAAACACAUUGAGAUCGAUUGUCACCUUGUCCGUCAUCGCAUUGCUAACGGCAACGUCUCCUGAUGGCUUCACCAAGCCUCAUUUACCCAGCCGCUUCCAGUCGUUCUUGAGCAAACUCAAGCUGGUUUCCACACUCCCACCUUGAAUUUGAGGGGUAUGUUGAUAUAUAUUGUAAUAAAUAU